AUGGAGAUCUCUGUGGCCGACGACAAGAUGGAGAUGGCUUCCCCCUAUCAAGGGCAUGUGGAUGACUUCGAUAUUGAUAUCGAUAUCAUGGAAGACCAGGCCUCCGUUACCGACAAAGAUAUGAUGGUAGCGGACGAAUAUUUCGAAUACGAUCACGAAGGUGCUCCCGAUGAGGAUAUGGUCGAUGAUGUUGCCGAGCCGACUAUGGUUGAUGCCGAUGAACCUUAUACCGGAGCCGACUACACCGUGGAAAUGCAGGACGAGAAUGAACGUAUUUAUGAAGCGGAAAUGCUAGAAGACGACUACGAAGAAGACAACGAUACCCCUAUUGCUGAGGAAAUGCCGACAUCAUCCGAAGCUCAGAACCAAGCGGUAGAAGGAGCGCAAGUGCCAGAACAGAGUGCUGUGAUGCCCGUUGAUAAGAACAACGCUGAGCAGGAACCCCAAGAGGAGCCCCGGACGGAACAACAAAGUCAUGCAGAUGCACAUAAUGACCACCCGCAAGAUGUUGAACAACCUAUCGACCAGCCAGAAGAGCAUGUCCCACAGCAGCCCGAAAUAGACACAGCCGAGUCGACCGAAAUCAAAAAGCCCCUCGAUGGUACCAACACGGUGGAGCCACAGUCUCAUCAUGUCGCGGAACAAGACGAUCGGGAAGAGACCGCUAAUAACGCCGACCAGCCUCGGGUCCUUGAGAGCGGUCCCAGCGACGUUGAACCUCCAGCUGAUGCGUACAAGGAUCCAGCUGAAAAGCUAGAGGGUACAGUAGAAGAAGAGCAUGAGGGACAAGGCCAAGAAGGAGAAGGAGAGGAGGGGAAAGUAGAGGCAGAGGCACAGGGGGGUGAAGAAGGACAUAAUGAAGAGGAAACUAAGGUCACAGAAACUCAGGACCGCUCUGCAGAGGCGCAAGACGUCGAUCACCUAGUCGAGCGAGAAGCUCCGGCGACGGAACGCACGCCUCUGUAUCCGGUCAAAGUCUAUUACCAAGACAACGAAAUCUCACUGUUCCCUCCUCGGGAAGGCGACUCAUCGGAGACGUUCUUUCUUGAGGAUGAGAGCUUGGCUUUUGGGUCUUUCGGCAAACUGCUCGGUUCGUGCCGCGAGGUAUUACGUGAACAUAUCGGAGAUAGUGAGGUUCUUGUUGUAGAUGUCGAGGCUCUGAAUAUUCAACUAACCGAGGACUCACUUCACAUUGACAAGGUCACACUACAUCAGAUUGUAGAUUUGUACCUCCGUCUUUGCCACAAUGACGGGGUGGAAGAGCCGGAAGCGCUCUAUCUUAGCUUGAGCACAAGGCCCACAGUUGCUGCAGAGCUAUCCUCUCUCUCUAUAGCUGCAAACGAAGGGAAAGGUCUGUCGGAAGUUUACUGGGAUGGUUACGGCGAAGCAGAGGCAGCCUCCGCGGAAGUUUACGAGGAGAACCAAGAAGUUGAUAUUCCGGACGAUCUUCAGCAGGAAUCCUCUGAAGCAGAGGAUGCCCACAGUGAUUCCGAAGACAACUACGAGCCUGAUGUCGAUUCGACGCUUCAGACAGGCGCUGCUGAACAACAGCAAGAAGGGCAUGGCGACCAAGCCCAUGAGGACCAUGAUCAAGCAGCUUCAGAUAACGAUGAUGCAGUUGGCCCCGCUUCAAGUGACGUUCGGGAAGGCGAUGAUGACCAGGACAGCAACCGCCAUGAGGCUCAUCAGGCCGAACCCGAGUCUGGGGAGUCUGUUGAUCAAUACGAGCUGAACGAGUCGUAUGAAUCAGAAGAGCAGUCAGAGUCCACUGCUACGGUGACUCAACAGCCCCUGCCUGACUCAGCAGACGGUCUGGCCGAUCAUGAUCAUGAUCAUGAUCAUGACGAGCAUGAGACUGAGCAUUAUGGCACGGGAGUUGCUGAUGAAGAAGCCUACCCGGAAGAGGAAACUAAUGUAGAUGCUACUGAACACUACGACUAUCAAGAAGAUGCGGACGCAGCCGAAGCUGCCGAUAUUCCCGGAGAAGCAGAUGUGGAAUUCGAUGGCGAUGCGACGGCACCGGAUGUGCAAGAACCAGACGAUUUCCAGGAGAUUCACGACAGCGAUCAAGUCCAGGAUGGCACAGUCGACGCUGACUUCCAUGGCCUUGAGAACGAUGACGGAGAUGUCCAGCGUAGCGGUCCAGGCGAAGAGGCACCGAAUCAGACUGAAACGGUUCCGGAUAGUGUCUCCCAGAAAACCCCAGAGAUCACCAACAAUUCUGCCGAGGAUUUGAAGGAUGACUCACUAGGUACUGCGGAAGAUCUGCUAAAGAGCCCCAGAAAGGAAGACAAUCAACAUGCCGCCGAGGACACUAAUGCGGAUGAGCUCGAAGAGCCGGGAGAAAUCCACGACGAAUCCGAAGAAGCACCCGCCACACACGAUGACGCCGAAGAGUUGACAUUCGACGAUGAAGACUACUUGGAUCUGGGAGUCCAGGAUGAACUGGCUGCCGGCGAUGAGGCCGAUCUUGCCAAGUCACUAAGUCGCGGUCCAACGAAACGUCAUCGCGAAGCAGAGGAUGAGUUUGAGUUCACUGAAACCCCUUCUCCGGAUGCAAAACGUUCUCGGUCGUCCUAA